CCGGCCACCUAAUUGCACCAGGAGGAGCCCAAUUACCCACAGAGGCCUAACAGCCGCACUGUCUCACAUUCAGAGAAACUGGAAGGUGGAUCACAUGUCAGCCAUGACUGAUGCCAUGCGUCUUAUUUACAUUUGCAGAGCUCAGGUUCAACUCUGUAAACAAACAAAGUGUGUGUCUGUUUAGAUGCUCGUUGGUUUAACAGCGUCUGGCUGGAGCAAGAAGGAGAAACAGACAUAUGUGCUGAGGGAGAGGCUGAAAGUUGUUUACAGGAGAGUUUGACAAGUGUUUGGUUUUGUUGCUGUGAUCAUGGCAGACAAAGGUAAGGUCUGGUGGUCUGCUGUUUUUUUUUUUUUUUUUGUUUGUUUUUGUUUAUUACACAUACAAACUCAUGUACACACACCCUGCUACAGUGGGCUCCAGAAAAGACGUGAAUUCGAGCUCUGUGACGGAGGAGAUCCCACAUGAAGACCACGACCGGCAGACCAACAAGGAGCCCCUCUCAUUUCUACUUCCUCUCCCUUGUCUUCUUCCAUCUUUACCUUCACCAGUCUCCCCACCAUCAGAUCAGGCCUAUCUGCAGGCAUCGGCCAUUUUCCAGCAGCUGCGUGAGGAGAAGCCAGUCGCACUUCAACUUCUGCAUUAUGGGAAGAAAACGGACACGCCACUACCGGAGAGUGGAGACAAAACCACACAGAGACGGGCCUACCAGCUCGCCUUCAACACACUCAAAUACCAAGAUUUACUCGAGGACAUCAUCAUAGACAGCUGUUUCCACACCUCUCAGCAUAUUUCCGCUGACUUGUUGCCGUUGGCGAUGGUGAUGUUGUUUGACCUCCAGGACCGAAGGUUUUUGUUGCGUGAACGUUCAACAAAGGAAGGAGAGGAGCCUCUACAGGAAGUCAGGGACCUGGAGACUAGUCUGCACAGGUGUAAGACGAAGCUGGCAGCAUCUUUAGCUCGCUGUAGAGUGAAACAGAAUCUGCAGAGUGUCUCCUGUUUUCUGUCUGAUCCUGUCAAGACCAAACAGCACCGAGCAAAACGUCUGCCACUAUACGCAUGGGUCAAUACACUCAAGACCAGUGUUGAGGAAGUGAGUGAAGCAUUGCAAAGCGCUGACUUGCAUGAAGUGAAGAACAUGACUGACCUCAAGGAUUCGACGUUCUGCAGAGACUCUCUCUGUCCAGAUACACUUGUCUUCCCCCAACAGCUUCAUGCGCUGCUCCAGCACUGCAGCAUCACCACCACACACGUACUGAACAUACAGGACAGGAGUGUGUGUGUGGCAGUGAGUGUGUUACGCCCCCUGCUGUUUGAUAAGGGUGACGUCCUGGUGGUGGGGUCUUUCUCAGGUGUGACUGUGGCUCACAUAGCUGCGGUGGCUGCUGCGCGCUCGGGCCGAGUGUUGGUGUGUGGUGCUGAUCACACAUCUUUACAGGUAGAAGAGAUUCAGGAACUACUCAAAGAAAUGGACAUCAAGAAUGUUCGCGUCCUGUCAGAAGCAUUCUGCAGUCUGAAUGAGUGGGACGCCACCGUCCAGCGCUUAAAGGUUAUCAUAGUGCUGCCUCAGUGUUCGUCCUCUGCCCUCAACAACCCGGUGCCCACCAUCCACAGUGAACAUGGAGACUGGGAUCUAUUACCAGACUUGUCUCAUGGUUCUGUUUCCCAGCGCAAAAUAUACGCAAUGGCCACCCAGCAGGCACGACUAUUAGCACACUCUCUGACCUUCCCAAAGGUUCAGACAGUCGUCUACUGCACACGCUCAGUGUAUCCUGAGGAAAAUGAGCAGCUGGUGAAAAGAGUGUUAGAAAAAACACAGACUCACCCCAAACUGCUGCCCUUCAGGGUGAACGGUCCAAUUUUCCCUGAUGACUCCCAGUCAGGAGACGCAGCAGACUCCAAAUUCUUCAGGCUCGAGCCAUCUCAGUUCACCAACGGCUGCUUUAUAGCCAGACUGUCCCGACAGGCGGAUCCCACUAAGGUAGAAACAGUCCAGGACGUGUUGGCAAGGGCAGCAGCAAAGGGCCUCCUGGGUGGAAUCAUUCCUGAACAGUCAAAAACUGGUAAAAGGGGGAAAGGCAGGAAGAAUCGUGUAGCUUCAGCCACCAGCAAACCCUCAUCCCCCUCCGGCCAAGAGACGCAGACAGAAAGAGGUGAAGGAGACUUGAAGGGUAGUGAAGAGGAAGAGGAGUAUAAGAAGGAGGAAGAUGAGGGGGGAGAGGAAGAAAAGAAGGGGAGAGGGCUUAAAGGGCGCAAGCGAAAGCUCAAGGUACGACCAAAACAAACCAGCAGGGCUCCUGCAGUCUCCAAGCAUCACCCUAAAACCCACAAGAAGAAACCAACGAAGAGAAAAAUCAACCAAUCACAUCACAAGAAGCGUCUGACAAAAAGCAAACCAAGACGAAUACCUCGUCUCACGCUGACAUUAAUGUCCUCUGCAAAACCAUCCAACCACUUGUCUCCAAUCACAGCCCUUGCGCACAAGCUAAGUGACAAUCCAGUGGUCAAAUCACAGCAGACUGUCCUUGGCGCCGCUCCCCCUGCUGGAAAACAUCUCUCACCUGCUCGUCCUGCUCCACCUACUCCCCCCGCAGCCUCCAGGCAGGUGCAGAGACAAAACACACAGGCCGACAGUGCAGUGAAGACACUGAAGGAUGCAGCUAAACCAGCGAGCCCGCGCAAGGCCGGGAAAAUGAUGGUCAGACCAGAGGAAGUGUUGAAGGCCGUAGAUUCUGGCCUUCCACCCAUUUCCUCCCGGUCCUCUAGUUCUGUCUCCCAGCCUCUGUCCCAGACCUCCAACUCCCAGCGCUCCAACAUGUCUGCAACCUCGUCCCGAAUCUCUCUGCCUGGAUUAUAAAUCAUCAACAUCAAACAGCAAAGCACUCCCAAGUAAAUUAUUCUGAAUUGUUUAAAAAAGAAAGAAAGAAAGAAAGAAAAGAAAAUAUUGUAUUUACAUUUUCAUAGAAGCAUACAUAUUUUUGAUGAGCUGAAUGUUGAGGACACUAGUGAUGAGGCAUCAAAUCAGUUGAUUCAUUAGCUGAUCAAAAGAAAUUUGAUAUUAAUAACUGCUAUCAUAGCAAGUCAUUACUCAGGUAAAAAUGACAAGCAUAAACUCAAGUGUGGAAGUUUGCGGCGCUUCUCUGUUUCAUGAUUGAACUGUAAAUGAAGUCCUGUUAAAUAUUUAACAGUUAGGGACUGUACGUGAAUUAUAGCAGGGGAGGGUCGGGUCAGAAAAGGUGGACAGGCAUGUAGAGAGGGUAGUUCCAGUUUUCAUUAUUCCAGAUUAAUACUUUAAUUCCUCCCUUGUGAUACUUAAUGUAAAAGUAUGUAUAUGAUAUUAUAUCAUAAAUGGGAGGCUUUUCAUUCACAAAUGGCAUGAUAAAUGAUCAGUUCAAUGAUACUGUUAUACGACAUUGAGAUAUUAGAAGGAAGGUUAUGAAAUUUAUCUAUUGCACAAAGAAGUUCCCAAAAAAAGUACCUGGGAGGGUCUUUAAGCAUCUGUCUUGUCCUUAAUAGUGUAUUAAUAAAUAAUAAUACUUACAA